ACACACUUUCAGGUGUUUCCAUUUGGCCUAGUUCCGUUGAAAACCUUCCUUCCUGAUGGAGAUAUUGAUUUGACUGCUCUUAGUCAUCAAAAUAUGGAGGAAAAUUUGGCAAGAUAUAUCUGCAGUAUCUUACAAGAUAACCAGCAGAACUCUGAGGUUCUAGUACAGGAUGUUCAAUAUAUUCGUGCACAGGUUAAAAUAGUGAAAUGCACUGUGAAUGACAUACCGGUGGACAUCUCUUUCAAUCAAACGGCUGGUCUAUCUGCACUUUGCUUUCUGGAGAAGGUUGACCAGCUAAUUGGAAAAGAUCAUCUUUUCAAACGCAGUAUUAUUUUAAUCAAGGCCUGGUGCUAUUACGAGAGCCGGAUCCUUGGUGCACACCAUGGCUUGAUUUCUACAUAUGCAUUAGAAACAAUGAUUUUAUAUAUCAUUAAUGUCUUUCAUUCAUCCUUAAGUGCGGUAUUUUGUUUGGCGGGAUGUAUUUAUAUCAUAGAUUAUUCUUCUUCUCAAUAUUUUGAUAAUGAAUUUUAAUUUUUUUAUAUUUUUCAGGACUUUUACAAUAUUUUAUAAUAUUUUAUUUUUUUUAA